AUGACUCUCGAAUCAACACCAAAGCUCGCUGUCCUGAUCGACGCGGACAAUGCGCAGCCAAACAUGAGCGGGAUCCUCCUGGCAGAGGUUGCCAAGUACGGCACUGCCUGUGUGAAACGGGCGUAUGGCGAUUGGACCGGCCCUUAUCUGAAAGGCUGGAAGGACCGGCUUCUUCGGUAUUCAAUUCAGCCCAUCCAGCAAUUCGCCUAUACCCCUCACAAAAGUUCAACGGACAUGGCCAUGAUCAUCGACGCCAUGGACCUUCUAAACUCCAACAAAUUCGAUGGUUUCUGUCUCGUUUCGAGUGACAGCGACUUCACCCGACUCGCGGUCCGUAUCCGUGAGUCUGGACUUCCCGUGUAUGGGUUCGGCCACCGAACGACGCCCUUACCCUUCGUGGUCGCCUGCAACAGGUUCGUCUAUGUUGAAAACCUUGCGGUAAUCGAGGAACACGGAACAGAGGCCAACGGAAAUACCUCGCCUCAAGAACGCGCCACAGCCGCGGUAAAGGAUGCUCGGCUGUUGAAUCAGUUACAAACCGCUGUAGAGGAGGCCUCGGACGAUGAUGGGUGGGCCUCUUUGGCGGACGUCGGCAGUCUCGUCACUAAACGGCACCCAGAUUUCGACCCCCGCACUUACGGAUAUAGCAAGCUGAGAGGCUUGAUUGCGGCAACCUCCUUGUUCGAGGUUAGUCGCCGCAGUCCUGGCAAGGGCAAACAGGAAACAGUUUAUGUACGGUCUAAACGGACGGCCCACGAGACUCGGGCCUCAUCUAAGUAG